GGACACGAGCACCAUAUCUACUUCACAUCAGUCCGACAGAGAUACUGCAUGUCGAAGAAGUUCAUUCUCGACCACAGCCGGUUAUUUGACGCGAACUGGACAAACUGGUAACACUCCUCAUCCUCCUCCUCGGGUGGGCUGUUCGCACUCCAACGUGCUGGGAAUCAGAAAGCCGCACAACGGAGAGCUGCGAUUCCCCGUACCUAGUAAUAUCGGAUUCAUUCGUUCGAACGGCGGAUGUAAUUGAUCGGAGAUCAUCCCGAGGCUUUCUUCAAAUGCACAAGCGUCCUGUUUAAACAAUUACGGCUGUUGUUCUUGGCUGGAUCCCGUUAAAACCGGACGCGACACAGCUCACUCUGGAAUAAUUAAAUCAUUCGGGAGUCAGAAUACGGACUUUGACAAGGUCCGAACAGGUGUAGGCUAUGCGUUGACAACUCCGCCCGGGACUGAUUACUGAAGGUCGAGCUUUUAGGGCGGAUUAGGAAUAACUAUCACAUUUAUUUCACCUGAGACAUCUGGACUUAAUCGCCAGCGCAGAGAACACAAGAACUAUGGAUAUUAAAUGGCUUAAUAUAGCCUUUGCGGUGUUUGUGAGCUCUUGCUUGGCCCAGCGGCAAGUCACAGUGCAGCCAGGGCCUCUGGUUCGAACAGAAGGUUCUCAUAUCAGCAUCUGGUGUAAUGUGACUGGCUACAAGGAAGGCGUAGAGCAGGACUUUGAGUGGUCCAUGUACUUUUACACAGCUCCUGAUCGAGAGAUCCGUAUCGUGAGCACAUCUCAGCACAACUAUGCCUACGCUUUGUAUGCCCAACGUGUCAACAACAAGGAGAUCUACAUUGAGAGGCUGAGUGGAGACUCGGCUCUGCUGCACAUAACCAAGCUACAGGCCACUGACCAGGGCACGAUUGAGUGCUACACCCCUAAUACUGACAGCCGCUACCUGGGCUCCUACAGCGCCCGGACCAACCUCACUGUGAUCCCGGAUACACUGAUGGUUACGGCGCCUGAUCAGACUCUCUCAAAAGUGGAGGGGGACACUCUACAGCUAAGCUGUGAGGUCACGCGCCAAACGUCCCAGCACACACAUGUGUCUGUGGGCUGGUACCUGCGCCCUGCUGAUGAUCCCAGUUCUACUCCACGUGAUCUGGUCACGCUGUCACGGGACUUCAUUUUAAGACCAGGGGGACAGUACCGUCAGCGCCUGUCCUCUGGAGACUUGCGGUUGGACAAGACCAGUGCCACCACCUACCGUCUUACCAUCUACAAGCUGCAGCCCACAGACCAGGGCAAGUUUUACUGCGAGGCAACAGAAUGGAUCCAGGACCCAGAUCGAUCUUGGUAUGCCAUGAUCCGGAAAGAGUCAGAGAAGACGUCUGUCAAAGUUCAACCCACAGAUCGUGACUUUAGCAUCCAGGUAACCACAGAGCGCCGGGCCUACACGGCUGGUGAACCGCUUGAGCUCCGCUGCACCAUUGAUGCUCAGAAUGUUCCAGAGCGCUUCUUCUUGGUGUCGUGGGUCUUCAGCAGCUCACCCGUAGCCGUGAUAGGGCCCAGUGCCGUGCCCGUACUGGGACCAAACUACAUUGAGCGAGAGGCGACUGGCCUCCUGACUGUUCGAAAAGAGAGCUCCUCUGUCCACCUGCUCAAGCUGCAGCGGUUACUGCCUGAGGAUUCUGGGAAAUACAUCUGCAGAGUGACAGAGCGGGAAAAGACACUCACUGGAGAUUUCAUCGAUCGCAGCAAACGGUCCCGUAAUGUUCAGAUCACUGUAACCCCUCUCAGGAGUAACAUCACUGUAUCUUUAUCCAGUGAGUCUUCAGAGAUUAUGGAGGGAGAAGCCAUCCAGUUGACCUGCAUCGUUAACAACACUCUGGGUCCCCUGUCAGUGAACUGGCAGUGGACGGAUAAAGACGGGGUGGGUCCUGUGGUGGGCAUGGCUUCUGUGGACCGUGAUGGCACAGUCACACCUGGGUCCACCUUUAGGGAACGCAGCAGCUAUGGAGAGGUCCGGGUGGAGCGAGUUAGGCCCGACACAUUCACCCUGUCCCUGCAGAAUGCUCUCCCCACAGAUGAAGGCCAGUUCAGCUGCAGCGCCAUUGAGUGGUCACAGAGCGGAACAGCACCUGACUGGGUUUGGCAGCAGAUUGGGGUUGAAACUGCAAUCAAGACCAUCACUGUAAAAUCAGUUGAAUCUUUCUUCUUUGUGUCUGCCUCCUCCCGUACGCCCGGUGUGACGUUUGGCGACUCAUUUGACUUGCAGUGCAUUGUCAAGCCACGGCACAAUCCCAAUGUUCCUGUUGCAGUCACAUGGCGCUUCCUGCCUGCAGAGGGCGAUGGAGAGUUCCGCGAUUUGGUGACGUUCACGCGAGAUUGCACUCUGCAGUGGGGUGAGCAACUGUUAGGGCUGGGCACACGCACAACAGUGGAUCGUACGCCCACUAAUACCAACUUCCGCCUCAGCAUCACCCGAGCAGGACGCAAGGAAGCUGGGACGUAUCAGUGUGCUGCACUGCUCUAUCGGAGGAAUUAUGAUGGCACCUGGAGCACAGUGGCCAACCGCACCUCCAACCCGCUGGGCAUCAGUGUACUGCAGCCUGCAAGUAAACUGCAAGUUCACAAAUCCAACCAGACUCUGCAGUUUCUGGAAGACAGCCGGGUGCAUGUCAACUGCUCCAUCACCUCUCAAACCAGCCCUGAGUCCCAGCAUGCGGUGCUGUGGUAUGCCCAGAAGGCCGAACCAGGAGAGCCUGACGAGCUGUUGUUAAAGAUCGAACAUUCUGGGGCGUUUGAGUACGGAGCGUACGCAGAGGAGGAACGUCUGCGCAGCCGUGUACAGUCAGAGAGGCUCUCUCCUCAGAUGUAUGGUCUCACCCUGCACCGUGCUGAGACUAGUGAUUCUGGAACCUACUACUGCCUUGUGGAGGAGUGGCUCGUGGACCCUGAUGGAGCCUGGUACCGCCUUGCACAAGAGUCCUCUGGUUUCACACAUGUGGCAGUUAGACAGCCAGUGGUGAAAUUACAAGUAGAGGAGGCAGAAUCCAAUAUCACAAUACCUGAAGAUGGAUCAAUCUGGCUGGGCUGCAGCAUUCUCUCCCAGUCUUCUAAAGACUCCCGCUUCUCUGUUUCCUGGUACGUGUAUCGUUUGGGUCAGGGGGAGGAGGAUGAGCAAGAGUGUGUCUUCUCCAUUGGUCAUGAUGCAGUGUUUGGUAAUGGGAACUGCAGCCCCACAGAAGAGCCUGGUCCAUACUCUCGCCUACAGUUUGAGCGCACCACCUCUGACCUGUACAGUCUGACCAUACAAAAAGCCCUGCCAAGAGAUGCAGGCAGGUACUACUGCCAUGUGGAGGAGUGGCUGCUGAACCCACGCAAUGCCUGGUACCGCCUGGCCACUAACAACUCUGGAGUCACCAUUGUUAAUAUUCUGGAGCAGGAUUCGAGCCUACAGUCUGUGGUUUGUUCCAACGACUCCCUCUUCUACUUUGUCUUCUUCUACCCUUUCCCUAUAUUUGGCAUCCUCCUCAUUGCUGUACUGAUGGUGCGCUACAAGAGCCGCAGCUCCAACAAGAACCAGGAGGGCAAGAACGGAGCACCCCUCCUCUGGAUCAAAGAACCCCACCUCAGCUAUUCCCCCACCUGUCUGGACCCCCCGGUUCUCAGUCUUCAUCCCGGCUCUGUGGAGUAAAAGUUACGAGCAAAUGACCCUGUCUCCCUCAGAGACUCGCUCAUCUACACUAUUUCUCUGACUCACUCUCUUUUUCUUCUCCUCCUCGUCCACGACGAGGCCACCAGGAAGUAUCUGGCCUUCUAGCCUGGCCUGUCAAUCCGUCCAUAUGAAUGACUAAAGACCUGUCUCAGUUGAAGUUGCCAUGACUACAGAGGUGACUGGUGGCAAUGUGAAGACAUUUGGCUUGCUUUCUUUUUAGUGAUUUUGUUUAUAUUUAUUUUUUACAAAUAUGAGUUUUACUUCUCAUUUCCUUUUAUGUGGCAGUGCCUGUGGGCCUUGAUGUAAUUUGAAGCUGUGGCACAUGGCCUAUGCCAACCUCCUAGCCCCGUUUCCUCUCCAGGAUAUUUUUCACUCCUCUAUGAAGUCCGGUGCGAACCAUUGCAUAUUAUUUGUUAUUAUUUCAGUGUUGAUUUUUGCUUUAAAAGACUGGAAGGUUGUUCCUGGACCAUAACAAUUUUUAGAGGCAAUGGUAUAUGGAAGAAGGAUAUAAAAGAAUAAACUUUCCUCAAAACAAUCUUAGAAAGCAGACAAUGGAUGUAUACUAGUCUACGAUUGUGUGCCACAGAACUGAUCUGAGAACUGCCUCUGCUUCAAUGGAUAUAACAACUAAAAGAAUAUUGAGUGCCCUCAUUGUCCACUGCCUCCAGGAUAUGAAUCGAACCCCAGCUCAUUGUCACUGCCAAAGACCAGUUAAAAAUUCAAAAGUCACAAAUUAGAUUCAAAGCCACUGUAUAGGAUUAGGCUUAAGAAUAAACAAUUAUUGUGGCUUGACUGUUCAAAAUAUUCUGUAACGCAAUACAUUGGAUGUUAUCCAGCUUGAAAACAGUCAUGUGUUUUCUUGUCGCUGGUGUUCAGAUAUUUUUUCAUGCCCUCAACAUUCCAGUGGUCAGUUUGAUUUCCAGGUCCUUACCAAUGUUCAAGAAAACCAGUUACCUCCAGAACACCCUUCUGAUAUAAGUAUAUGAGUGUGUCUUUGUGCAUACUGUAUAUACACACUAACAAUGUGGCCCCACAUUUAGUGACCGAUAUUUCCAGGCUGAAUGGAGCUGAAUGGAGAUUAAGGGAGAUCUGUUGGGCAUCAAGUGCUUUUUGCUCCUCCUCUAAUGAAUUUUUGAACUUGUAAAAAUUAGAGAUAUCUUGAGACAACCAAUAAAGACAGCUGACUCAAGGGAUAUUCUUAGUGCCAAGACCUUUGUAUCAUUAUUUGUGCCCUGCAAAUGAUCCAGGAGGAAAACAAAGCUUGUUGGCAUAGAGACAUUUGGCAUAUAUGAAUUCUCAGCUCAAACAAAACAUUUGUUGGAUAUGUAGGCUUGUGAAGAGUUGUUAAUUUUGAUGAUUAGACAUUUGUUAUAUCUACAAACAGUAAGUAACAUCAAGUUGUAUUCCUCUUCUCUUAAUGGGCUUGUGUUUGAAAUGCAGUGCCCAAUCUUUGUAUUACUGCUGAAAAAAUAUUGUGAAAACUUAAUGCGCCAUUUCAUAACUUGUAACCCAUGGUCACCCAAUAGUUGGGAGAGAUAAAUGUGUGAAUAUUUCUCUAACGGAGGAAUCUAAGACUUAAAUUAUUGUUUGUUCCAUGAACUCUGCAAAAAGACACUGCCAACAUAUUUCGACAUUGAAGAUAACCUAACAAUACUUGAUCAUUACAACCCAUUAUCUCUACAAUCUAGACUGGUCCCAUUUCAUUCGAUAAAGAUGUCACCAACAUUUAUACUGAAAACGUUUUUUUUUCAGCAGAAGUGUGAAUUAAUCUUAUUUUAAAUUCCUUUCCAUUUUAUUUUAAGAGUGUGUCAUGGACUACCAAACAUAAUGUGUUGUUUAGUAAUAGCAACAUGCAGUUUGACACCAAAAUGGACAUGGUCUCACUUUAAGACAACAUGCUAAAGACCUUGUUCUUUUCACUUUGACAGUGUGACACUCUGUUCUCUCAGUCUCUGAGUGUUAUCUAGGCCAGUGCCACCCUCAUGUGAUGUAUGGGUAACUGAUAUCUGUAUUUAAACAUUGCAGCUUUUCUUUAAAUGAAAUUUAGGUCCAGCUGAAGCUUGUGGUUGUCUUAUUUAUUGAACCAUAAAACACCUAGAUAUGAUGUAUGAACUUCAUAACUCUGCAUAGACGUAAUUUGGCGUAAAAAGUUAACAUGUAGGCAACUGUAACAUUUAUGUAUACAGUGGUUUAGAAGUUCCGAACCAGACUGAUCGGAGAAUCUUCAUUUAGAUGAUACAGUGAUAAUCUAGCUCUCUUUAUCUCUAAUAAAUUGUGUCAAACUGUACAGUGCAUGAUGAGUAAGGGGGGCAUAUUAAUGUCUGAAACUCUUGAGGGUUGUAUUUUGUGACAUCAUGUCUGAUCAAUGCUAUGUUCUCCAUCUCCUCUUUGAGGAAGGCCUUACUGAUCCAACAGACCUGUACAAUUUAAUGAGUUUUAGUCAUCCUUAGGUUAUAACACUGCGAUCGUGUCCUGGUUGUUAAUGAUAAACACUUUCACAAAUGAACCGUUUGAUUUUUCUAACAAGAUGGAAUGACAAAGAGAUGAUUAAAGGGAUAGUUCAUUAAAAAAAUGAAAAUUCUUUCAUCAUUUACAUAACCUUGUGUCAUUCUAAACCCAUUUUUUUUCGUUCUUUUUUUUCUUCAUAGAACACAAAUGGAGAUGUUAGCCUCAGUCACCAUUCACUUUCAUUAUAUGGAAAAAAGAUGCAAUGAAAGUGAAUGAUGACUGAGGCUAACAUUCUGCCUAACAUCUCAAGUCAAGUCAAGUGGUUUUUAUUGUCGUUCAACCAUAUACAGUUAGUACAGUACACAGUAAAACGAGACAACGUUCCUCCAGGACCAUCUCAGUUCCUCCAGGAAAAUCUCCUUUUGUGUUCAAUGAAAACAGAAUGUCAUAUGAGUUUGGAACAAAAUGAGGUGAGUAAUGAUGACACAUUUUUUACUUUAAUCUUAGGCCACAUCCACACUAAUAUGUUGAAAACGCAUCGAUUUUGCUACGUUCACAUCUCUGCACUAUAAUGCAGCAGCGCUUUUCUCUACUGAAAACAGAGACUUUUGGAAGUGCUCUCUAGUAUUGCAUACUAUGGAAAAAUAUGAAUAAUAAUUUUGAAUUGUGUGUUCCACAGUGAAGAUCUAUGAUUUGGUCAUAUGGGCUGGCCUUUCUUAAAAAGGAUAUGGAUUCUGUGGCUUUGAACGUGACAGUGUAAUAUUGCGGUUCUGCUGUCAUUCAAUUUGUACAGAAUUCUUCAGAACUCUAAAUAGUGUUUUUGUAGUUCAACAUGCCCAGCUGAAUCAUUUUGUUCUCACAAUGUUGUAAAUGCAUUUCGAGGGCAGCAUGUCAUGAUUGUGUACUGGCAGAGUAGCUGCAGAAGAAAAACAAAACAAACGAGAGAAAAAAAAAAUACAUUGUGUUGAUGUUUGUUCUGUUCAGCCAGUGCUGCUUUUUCAAGUGGUGAUUUUUGUUCUUUUUUUUAAAUAACUAAAAUUGUGCACUGAAUAUAAAAAAAAGAUGCCAUAUUUUUUUUUAUGCUUAUGUGUUUAUGUUGUACUGUUUAUUUUAGUUUUUUUUAUAUCUAUAAAUACUGUAUAUUUUAUUGAAUUGUAGCAAUUGCUAUUAUAA